AUGGCUCUGACUGUUCUGCUGCUGAUAGGUCUUGCUGCCGUGCUGGGACCGUCUGCCGGACAGCAACCCAUUGCCUCUGUGUCUACGUAUCGUCCUGAUCAGCAAAAGGUGAUUACUGACGUGCAUAAUGAUUUCCGGCGUUACGUGAAACCAAGCGCCAGCAACAUGUUGAAGAUGAAAUGGGAUCCAAUUGCUGCUGGCAAGGCUCGACUCUGGGCAAACCAGUGCACUUACCAGCAUAGCCCAGUAAUACAAAGAACCAUCGCCAUAAUUGCUAUUAGCCCCAGCAGUAAAUGCUAUCAGCACCAGCAACCGGAUCUUUUCCGACCCCCGUCUUCCGCCGAGGAGCGGAUUAAGCUCUGGGCCCCCAAACUCAAGCAACGGGGAAGUUGA